AUGGAGGGCGCCUACAUCUUCUCGCCGGACUACACGCAGAACGUGCAAGGUGGCCUAUCCUUUCCACGCCUGCUGUUGCACCGGCCGCACGCCGAUCCUAAUCAGCCCGAUGAGCCGCAAGCGCUGCUCACGGUGAUGGAUCAGCACAGAUUGCAGGACAUGGAUUGCUCGACAGAUGGGGUCCUUACGCCCUUCUGCAACUACUGCAUGAAGCUGGAGCCAGUGAAGAUGUGCAGAUGCUUGGACGAAGAGAUAUCCUUGGACCUGGAUAUGAUAAGGUUUGAUCUUCCAAAAUGGGUCCAGAAGAAGGACAGACCGACCAGCAGUGCCACAGGGGUGCCGGAGGAUAGGAACGUGAUGGCCACGUGUUCUUUGCACCGAGCAGUGCCUCCAAUGACCAGUACUGGCGUGGCGGGUGGCCGUUGGCCACAGGGUGGGUUGGACGCCGCCUCGCAUGGCAGCACCAGCGACGCCGAGACGAAGAAGAAGAAGGGGAACCGAGCCAUGGGGAAGAAGAAAUAUCCAAAGGCCAUCAAGUACUACAGCAAAGCCAUUAAGAUCGACCCGGAGAACGCCACGUACCAUUUGAACCGUGCGAUCGCCAAUUCGGCACUGGAGCUCUGGAAGGACGCGGAGCUGGAUGCGGCCAAGGCAGUGGAGCUAGCAGACCAACAGGCACCCGCCAAGCGACUCGGGUGGAGUGUGCUUCCACGGCGGCGCGCGCGAGAGCCGGCGCGCGCGGCCGACGGGAGUUCUCCUGUCGUGGUUUGGUCGCUUUUUGAUGACCCGAGGAGCCACUACCAGCUGGUGCGCGCUCGCCUGCGGCGCGGCCGCUGCCUGGAAGCCCGGGAGGCACUGAAGCUGGGCCUGCAGCGCUUCUCGGAAGACAAGGCGCUACAGCAGCUGGGAAAGGAGGUCGACCGCGCCGUCGCGCUGUUGGAAGCGAAGAGGAGAAAGGAGGCGGUCGCGGAGCAGAGCGAGGAGGAAGAGGAGGAGCGUUCAGCAGCAAAGUCUGCCGGACCCUGUGGUGCCAAAGCCCUCACAGAUCAGGCCCGCCAGCUGUCCGAGCGGCAGCCCGAGGCGGCGCUUCCUCUCCUGGAGGAGGCCUUGCAGGCGGCCCGGCAAGCGCGGCAGCGGCGGGAGGAGAUCAACGCCCAGUCGUUGAUGGGGAAGGUGCAGUUGAAGCUGAGGCGCUGGGCCGAGGCCGUGGCCAGUUGGGAGGCGGUGGUUCAACUGGAAGGGGAGCAGUUCUCCAUGGAGGUGCUAGAAGAGCGCUUAGCUCUAUCCAAUGCUCAGAACAACUUGGGCAUUGCCCUGAAGAACGCCCAAAGGCUCGGCGAGGCCUCUUCUGCCUUUCAAGAGGCCUAUCGCUUGGCCACCAACGGGGAUGACAAGGUGGCGACCCAUCAGGCAUCACAGAUCCUGCAGAACGCUGCACAGUGCUUGCUGGCGCAGGGCCGGGCGGUGGAAGCGAAAGGCCUUUGCGAGCGAUCUCAGGAGAUUUGUUUGCGCCUCUUCGGCGAGAAGCAUGGCACCUUGGCCCUGGGACACUUGGCCCUGGCACGCUGCUGCCGGGCGGCAGGCACCGAGCCGACGAGGGCCUGUGAAGCGAAUUCAACGGUUGGAGGGGCCGCUUGUUUUGGCUUGAACCUCUUUUCCUGGACCCAACUUACAUGGAAGUGGGAGAAGUGUAUCUUGUUUUGGACUCUCUCUCUCUCUCUCUCUCUCGCUCGCUCUCGCUCUCGCUCGCUCUCGCUCUCCCAACAUGGAAGUGGAAGGGACACCUGCUGUUUGUGGAGGAGGGUUUCUGGUCUUUCCAGGGUCCUACUAUUGCCACUUCCAUGA